CGGGGCCCGCGCCGCCUCGCCUCGGGCGCUGCCCCGGGCAUGGAGGAGCUGCUGCGCCGCUCCGUGCCGCCGCUGCCGCCCUACGAGACCAAGGAGAAGGCGGUGCCGCCCGCCGAGCUGCGCGGCGCCGAGUUCGUGCGCUUCUACCGCUCGCUGCAGCCCGGGCCGCCCCGCGCCGAGCUCCUCACCCGCCUGGCCCGCGACUUCGGCGUGGAGCACGGGCGGGUGGCCGAGGCCGCCGCCAAGGUGCUGCAGGCCCGCGAGCAGCGCAGGGAGCCCGGGGCGCUGCUGCAGGCCGAGGACCGGCUCCGCUACUACCUGAACCCGCAGUACCGCGGGCUCUUCCAGCAGCUGGGCCGCCUGGAGGGCGGGCUGCGCUUCCUCGUGGAGCUCAGGGCAGACCUGAUGGAGGGGCUGGCCAGUAAAGCGGUGGAUGGGCCCCACGUCAAGGAAAUGAAUGGAGUUCUCAAGAACAUGCUCUCAGAGUGGUUCUGCACAGGAUUCCUCAACCUGGAACGGGUCACCUGGCAAUCACCUUGUGAAGUGCUCCAGAAAAUUAGUGAUUCUGAAGCUGUGCACCCUGUCAGAAACUGGGUUGAUAUGAAGCGUCGAGUUGGGGCCUAUAGAAGGUGCUACUUCUUUUCUCACUGUGCCAUCCCAGGAGAGCCAUUGAUUGUCCUGCACGUGGCACUAACCAGUGACAUCUCCAGCAGCAUCCAGGCCAUAGUGAAAGAAGUGCCACCUUUAGAGACAGAAGAUACAGAGAAAAUCACAACGGCAAUUUUCUACUCCAUCAGUUUGACUCAGCAGGGCCUGCAGGGGGUGGAGCUCGGGACUCACCUCAUCAAAAGAGUUGUCCGAGAGCUGCAGAAAGAACUCCCUCAGAUAAAAGCUUUUUCCACACUUUCACCUAUCCCAGGAUUCACAAAAUGGCUCGUCGGUCUCCUCUCCUCCCAAGGGAAAGAACAGGGGAGGAAUGAACUUUUUACAGAAUCCGAGUGGCAGGAAAUCUGUGAGAUCACAGGAGACCCCUCCAGCGAAACACUAAAGAAACUCUUGAACACCAACGAGUGGGUGAGGUCAGAAAAGCUGAUUGGGGUGCUGCACUCCCCCCUGAUGAGACUCUGUGCCUGGUACUUGUAUGGGGAGAAGCACCGGGGCUACGCCCUCAACCCCGUGGCCAAUUUCCACCUGCAGAACGGCUCGGUGCUCUGGAGGAUAAACUGGAUGGGGGACACGAGCCCGCGGGGCAUCGGGGCCUCCUGUGGCAUGAUGGUGAACUACAGGUAUUUCCUGGAGGAGACAGCCUCCAACAGUGCCCUGUACCUGGGCUCCAAGCAGGUCAGAGCCUCUGAACAGGUGCUGGCCUUGGUGGCCCAGUUCCAGCAGAACAGCAAGCUGUGAUUAAGUAGCAUCAGCACUCAGAGUGAAUGUUCCUCACCAUAAAGAGCUGUAAUCAUCUGCAGUGUCUUUCCCUAAAUCAGAAUGUACCUUGUAGGACAGAUGUGCUCAGUUGCCUGGGCUAGCAGGGUCUUGCUCACAUGGCUGUGUACUCAGCCUGGUUAAAUCACCUCUGGUGUGUGCAGAGUUGGAGUUGUGUGUUCAUGGAGAGUAAAAUCC